CUCCUACUGCGCCUGCGCCUGGGGUGGAGUGCCGACGGCGCGCCUGCGCGAAAACGGCAGUGACUUAAGGCGCGUGCGCGGACGAGCCAGCACGGAAGUCAGAGCAGGCUCAGGCACGGACCAGACUUGACGUGAGGCUCAGGACUUCUAGGGGGGCGUUCAGGAGGCUGUCAGCUUCCUGAAGCCGUCCCUAGCCCGAGCCCGGCGUUCCUAAGCCUGUGCCCGCGGGGCGGCUCCGAGCCACUUUCGGUUAGGCGUUCGAGGCGAGCCCGCGAGCACCUGACAGCCGGGCCCGGAGGUCUCGCGAGACCCGUGCGCUGCGCGAGCACGACCGGCGUCUUUGGAGUAGCCUGGGCGGGAGUAGCGCGAUGGACGAGGAUCUGGUGGUUGCGCUGCGGCUGCAGGAGGAGUGGGACGUGCGCGCGGCGGCGCGGGAGCCCGUGUCGUUGGUGGAUUCGUCCUGGGAGCUGGUGGACCCCACCCCGGACCUGCAGACGCUCUUCUUGCAGUUUAACGACCGCUUCUUUUGGGGUCAGCUGGAGGCGGUGGAAGUGAAGUGGAGUGUGCGCAUGACACUGUGUGCUGGGAUUUGCACCUAUGAAGGAAGAGGAGGAAUGUGCUCCAUCCGUCUCAGUGAGCCCCUUCUAAAACUGAGACCAAGAAAGGACCUUGUAGAGACUCUUUUGCAUGAAAUGAUACAUGCCUACUUAUUUGUCACUAAUAAUGAUAAAGACCGGGAAGGACAUGGCCCAGAGUUCUGUAAACAUAUGCAUCGAAUCAACCAACUGACAGGAGCCAACAUAACGGUCUACCACACUUUCCAUGAUGAGGUGGAUGAGUACCGUCGGCACUGGUGGCGCUGCAAUGGGCCCUGCCAACACAAACAGCCCUACUAUGGCUACGUGAAGCGAGCAACCAACAGGGCACCGUCUGCCCAUGACUACUGGUGGGCUGACCACCAGAAAACUUGUGGAGGCACCUACAUAAAAAUCAAGGAGCCAGAGAACUAUUCAAAGAAAGGCAGAGGAAAGACAAAACCAGGCAAGCAGCCAGCCUCAGCAGUGGAGAAUAAAGACCAGCUGUCCAGAGGGGAGACCCAGCCACUCAUCCCAUUCAGUGGAAAAGGGUAUGUUCUUGGAGAUACAAGCACUUGUUCUUCACCUGGGAAGUUGAACACCUCAUACAUGGUUAAUGAAGCCAAAGGUCUCUCAAGUCAAGAUCAUUCAGCAAGUGCCUUGAGACUGAAUUCCAACAUUGAGGUGAAAUAUGAACAGAAUGGUUUCCCAAGUAAAAAAACUCAUCUGGUCUCCUCUGUUCCCACUGCUAGUCACCAGAGUGUCCUGAGCAGCUAUUUCCCCAGAGUCUCUGUUGCCAACCAAAAGGCUUUCAGAAAUGUGAAUGGAUCCCCAGUAAAGAGUGGGACCAUUGAGGAUGGCACUAAGCAUUCAGCCUCAUCCAGUUCUCAGAGAAAGGUUCCACCUUCCAGGGCGUCCCUGAGAAAUGCCUCUAAAGUCAUUGCAUCUGCGACUGUGACAUCCUCAUCCAUAUCCCAAGAGGAGAGUGGGUCUGAAGACCAGUUCCCAAACAAGCGACCCAGGUUGGAGGACAGGAUUGCUUUGGAUAAUAUCGUCAAGGAGCAAACACAGAGUGGUGGUGGUGAUCUUCAGAAUAGCUCACAGCCCACAGCCACCAGCACAGUUCAGAAUUCAAGCAGCUCAAGCAGUCAGCGACGGCUGGUCAACUGUCCAGUUUGUCAGAGUGUAGUUUUAGAGUCACACAUCAAUGAGCACUUGGACCGCUGCCUGGAAGGUAACAAAACCAAUCUCCGACCUCGAAGAGUCUGAAAUGGAGUGGGUCCCACACCACCUGUUGGCUUAUGGUGGUGUUGCCCUCCAGGGAAGGACCUGUGGGGUUACAGCCAGGCUUAUUACACCAACAGUGUUCUGUUUUACAUACACAUAGUGAGCAGUUGUAGUCUGUAUCUCCAUUCAGGUGUGGUGCUCUGACCCUCUAGUCCCAGGUACUCAGGAAGCUGAGGCAGAUCAUCCGCUUGAGCCCAUGACCCUGGGUAAUGUAGGGAGUUACUGUCAUCCUGUGUCAAGGUGCUGUGUUCACCCAUGCCUUACCAGGACUUUGGCUCAGUUUUUUCUAUAGAAAUGUAUGGUUUUAGGUACUUUUGUUUUCUCUUGUUCUUGAAUGUUUUAGAAUAUUUUUAUUUGUAUAGUCUUAAGAUAGUCUUACCAGGAGUCCUGACAGUCAAAUACUUUUAAUAUUAAGGUCCAUUCUUUGAGUUAAUGUUAAUUUUGACAUCAGAUUCUUUGUCCAGACAGUAUGAAACAUAGUAGUUGUUCUAAAAGUACUCAGAGGUCUUCUUUUUCGUUUUUUUGUUUUGUUUCUUUCAGAAUCGUAGCAGUUAAUAAACUUUCUGCAUUUUAAAAGAAUUUACUGUCUACAUAAAGGUGGUAGCGAUUUUUAAAGACUUUAUAUUUUCAGUAAUUUAUAUUUUAAAUA